GGUUUGUCUUGAAAGGCUCUUAUUUCAACAGAGACACUCAGACACAUAUUCUCUCCUUUCUUCUCUACAUAAUCGAGGCUGUGCCCCUCUCUCUAUAACUAUCAAAUAUAUAUCAUAUUACAAUACAAACUCCAAAUAUUUUUUUUCUUACACACUCAUUUCCACAUCAACCAACCUUCUCUCUUCAAGAAAAAACAUUCAUUCACAUUUCACAUCCUCUACUAAAACAACACUUAUUAAACAUACACACAUAUAUAUUCUUGGAAAAAAAAAAAAGUGUUUGUUUUUUUACAAGUAUAAUAAUGACUAUGUUGUUGGAUCAUAACUCAUGUGAAGGAGGGAUACUAUUGUCAUUAGAUUCACAUAAAGCUGUUCCUGCACCAUUUUUAACAAAAACUUACCAACUUGUUGAUGAUCCAGCGACUGAUCAUAUUGUUUCAUGGGGUGAAGAUGAGUCUACUUUUGUUGUUUGGCGACCACCUGAGUUUGCUCGUGAUUUGCUUCCUAAUUACUUUAAACACAACAAUUUUUCUUCCUUUGUUCGCCAGCUUAACACUUAUGGUUUUAGGAAAAUAGUACCGGAUAGAUGGGAGUUUGCAAAUGAGUAUUUCAAAAAAGGAGAAAAACAUCUACUAUGUGAAAUCCACCGCCGGAAAACCUCACAACCACAACUACCACUUCAUCACCACCACCAUCACCAACAUCCCUUCACCAAUGCCGGCGGCGGCGGUGGCAAUGGUUAUUUCACAUACCCAACAACAAGAAGUAUCUCUCCACCGGAUUCCGAUGACCACUUAUACUCCGACAACUCACCACCGCUUUGUUCACCGACAACCACCGCAUCCACGGGUAUGCUUGGAGUUUUUCAAAACAAUCAUAACAAUGUGAGAACAAAUAAUAACUCCGUAACCGCGUUAUCAGAAGAUAACGAACGGUUACGGAGAAGUAAUAAUAUGUUGAUGUCAGAACUUCAACAUAUGAGAAAAUUAUAUAAUGAUAUAAUUUAUUUUGUUCAAAAUCAUGUGAAGCCAGUUUCACCAAGUAAUACAUAUAUGAAUGGACAACUACUAAUGCAAAAACAAUUUCAACCUCAACAAGGGUCUAGUUAUGUCAAUGUGGGUUGUACAAACAACCCACCAAUACUUAGACCCCAACAACAUAACGUUAACGUUGUCGAUACUGACAACGUUAACGUAACAAGAACGAAGCUUUUUGGAGUACCAUUAUUGUCAAAGAAGAGAUUGCAUCCGGAAUAUGGAAGUAACAAUAGUAGUACUACAAUGGUGGAGAAUCAUAGACCAAGGUUGGUUCUUGAGAAUGAUGAUUUAGGGUUAAAUCUUAUGCCUCCUUCCCCAUGUUAAUUAGUUUAAUUAAUUAAUCUUUCUUUGUGUGGUUAAUUUGAAAGAAUUCAUUGAUGAUCAAGAGAUAUCUUGUUGAGUUUUAGUAGUGGAAUAUUUACCAUGACAAUUUUAGUUUUUGUGAGAUCUA